GAGCAAAUAUGGAUAUAGGAUUCCUUAUUGACAGCUCUUACACCUUGCGCCGAUCAGGCAGAGGAAUAUUCCAAGUACUUACCCGAAACAUAGCGCGACUUCUCUACUCGCUACGAAUUUCAGCCCAGGAAACCCGUGUCGGUAUAGUCACAUACGCGUCAAGACCCAAGCUUUUGUUCCGGUUUAACCGCUUCUUAAGGGCGUCUUCUAUGCUAUCAGUCAUACGAAGGAUUCGACCGCAAAGGGGUCCCCUCAGGAUAGGAAGAGCUCUCUACUAUACACGUAGGUACCUGUUUAGAAGAAGACGACAAUGUGGACGCAAGCGUGUACUCGUGGUGUUUGCAAGUGCGCGCUCCGUAGACCGUGUACAGCGGGCGGGACGCGUUUUAAAACGUAUUGGAAUUGAGGUAUUUGUUGUAGCUAUUGGUAGAAGGACAAGUAAAACACAGUUAUACCAGAUCGCCACAAAUGGACUCCAUGUGUUUACAGCUUCGUUGAGGACAUUAUCAGCAGUACUGAAUGCUGUACGAGUCAAAGCAUGUUCAGUAACUGGAUCGGCGGCAGCCAGAGUUAUAUACCCUCUUAAUGGCGUCACUCGAGGAAGAGACAUAAGUAUCAACCGAAACAGAGCUGCCAGACUUGUGAACGUUAAACCAGCUUCAGGACCUGACGGCCUCCCUCUGGGUUCGUACCAUCUUCAGGGCAUCGCAAACAGCUACAUCCUGUUCCCAAACAAGGGCUGCCUGGAUACAAAGAACUCCCUUACCAUCGUUGUGUGGGUGUACCCUGAAGGUAGUGGACCAAUCUUCCACUACUUCCCUCGCGGCUGGGGAGUGCAUCUGUGGAUGAAGAAUGCGCGUACUCUCUUGGUGAAGUUCGUGCCCAGGUCCCUGCAGACCAUCAGUGUUGUCACAAGCCGGAGAAUCAAACCAAAGGCUUGGAAUUACAUAGCUGCAACUUAUGACUACGUCACGGGUCUGGCCACUCUGUGGAAUGACGCCAUACCAAUAUCCCAGAGAAAUAUCGGGAAGAUUCAGUUGGCCACCAACUACCCGGCAAUAUCAGGGAAAAAACCUCGAGACAAGAGAAUCUUCCGUGGACGGAUCGCUUGUCUUCAGAUUUAUGAUCGAGCACUGAACGGAAGACAGCUUAGGAGUAUCAAAAGGAAAUGUUUCAGAGCCCGACCGACACCAACCCGUCCGCCUCCAGAGCUUCCGCUUUUGGUGGCUGUUUAUCCACUGGAUAGGAUCAAUGGCGCUCGUGACAUCAGCCGACGUAAAUGCCCCACUGGAAGACGCGUUGGGGUUAGAUUCGCACCAAGCCCAGACGGAAGAAAAGACGGAGCGACUGAAUUCCUUGGCAACCGUAACAGCUACAUCGAAAUCCCAAAUAAUAAAGGAAAACUCGACACAGUGGCGUCGAUCUCCAUUUUGACAUGGAUUUACCACGAGGGUCUUAAAGGUCCCAUAGUCAACUAUAGAACAGGUCCUGGGUGGGGCGUACACCUAUGGAUGAUUGGACCGCGCACGCUCUUUGCACGAUUCGUUCGCAGAGAUGGCGUUUUCACAAAGGCAGUGGUCGUCACCAGUAGAAAAAUACGUUACAGGGCAUGGAAUUACGUUGGUGCUACAUACGACUUCAAGACUGGGGUUGCCAAACUCUGGGUUAAUUCCAGGCUACUUGUGGUUAAGAGUAUUGGACGAUUCCGAUUGGCUACAAACUAUCCAAUCAGGCUUGGAGCACGACAUGGCGACAAACGCUACUUCAAGGGAAGGAUCUUCUGCGUGCAGAUCUACAGUCGCGCGCUGAACCGGAAACAAAUUUUAGCGGCUAGUAAAACCUGCUUCAGGCCCUUGCCCACAACGAAACCCAAGUCACCAACGCCGUCACCAUCUCCGACACAAACACCAACAAAACCUAAAGGACCAUAUAAAGCCUCAGCAUUCUACCCUCUGACCUCGCGUACCAGAGGUCGUGACAUCAGUGUGUUCGGCAACCCACCAGGAAAGCUUGGUUACGUACGAUCGGCACCAGGUCCAGACAAGUUACCCGGAGGCUCGUACCAGUUUUUCGGGCGCCGCGACAGCUUCAUCGAGUUCCCAAACAGGGGCAACCUCGACACGAGAAGAUCAAGCACAAUCAUCGCAUGGAUCUAGCAUACGGGACGUGCAGGCCCAAUCUUUAACUACAUGCCAAACGGCUGGGGAGUGCAUCUGUGGAUGCUGUCGCCGCGAACGCUGUUUGUACGUUAUACGCGUCGUCAGGGAAGGAAGUCUACGACGGCUGUUGCCAGCCCCAGGAUUAACCCUCGCACAUGGCAGUACAUUGCAGCUACAUACGAUCACUAUACGGGAUAUGCAAAGUUGUAUUUAGAUAGUAAAGUAAUAGCGCAAAGGAGAUUGGGCCGAAUUCGUCUGGCGACAAAUUAUCCUGUGAGGAUGGGUGCUAGGAUAGGAGAUGGGCGGUAUUUCCGUGGACGUAUAUCAUGUGUGAUGGUUUUUGAUGUAGCAUUGAACCCUAAUCAGAUUGCACGCAGGAAGAAGCGAUGCUUUAGACGUGGACCGCCAGGACCAUCUGGAAAAGUCUGCAAACCCAAGAUCGACCUUACAUUCGUCAUAGACGCCUGCACCGAAAACGAUCGCUUUACCAAAGCUAACUUUCUCCGUGUGAAGACCUUCCUGAUUCGUUUGAUUAGCGAGCUGCGUAUCUCCGCCAAACGAGUACGAAUCAGCUUGAUUAUGUAUGCGAAGUUCCCUAAACUCUUAAUCAGUUUCAGCGCCAAAAAGUCCUAUGUUAUCCGAGUCAUUAAAAACAUGAAGCGUGUAUGUGGAGCGCGUUACACAGGGGCUGCCUUGCAGUACUCAUACACAAACAUCAUACGCCGGACCUCCAGGAAAAGGGUCCUGGUUUUGAUGACUACUGGCCCGUCCAGAGAUGACAUCCGCCGAGCAACAAGUUUGAUUCAAAGGUCAAGAGUACAAGUAUUCGCUGUGGGAAUUGGAAGGCGAUACAAGUUUAGUGAGCUGCAGUAUAUCGCUACUGAUCGUCGACAUGUUUAUACAGCAGCCUAUAGGAAUAUUGAGUCUCUGGUGACACUAAUGAAAAAGAAGGUCUGCAAGUCAGAUAAAUUCGUAACCCCUGUCAAACCAGUUGUACCCAGACCUCCAACACGUCCACCAACGCGCCGUCCUCCGAAACCUGGACCUACGCGUGCUCUAGCCAUUUACCCUCUUCAGUACCGAAUCAAAGGAAAAGACGUUGGUCUCUUCGGGAACCCACCGGGUAUUCUCGGUUUUGUGCGCCCUGCGGUCGGACCUGAUGGAAAAGCCGGUACAUCGUACCAGUUUUACGGUCGAAGAAACAGCUUGAUCCGAUUCCCAAAUCGCGGUCGUUUAGACGCACAGAGGGCAGUAACAUUACUGGCUUGGCUUUACCCAGAGGGCCCUGGACCGAUCUUUAAAUACGGCGUCGAUUUCUCUGUUGGGAGAGCGCGUAGUUUGUUUAUGCGAAUUUUCCCGCGGGGAUCACGGAACCGCAGAAUCCGCCCACUCAAAGCGCGCGGAGUUCUACGUUAUCGUAGAUGGCACUUUGUAGCCGCCUCUUACGGACAGAAAACGGGUGAGACGAGGAUUUAUGUCAACGGAAGACUCGUUUCUCGUACGCGGCUCAGAAGAGUUCGUCUUGGUACAAAUAUCCCGGCAAUCAUGGGAGCUGCUCGAGGCAGGUACUUCCGUGGGAGAAUCUCCUGUAUGCAAGUUUAUGGACGGGUCCUAUCUAGAUGGCAGAUCAUCAAACGAAAGGCAAAAUGCUUCAAAGGAGUGCAUCCACUUCCUGCAAGACCAAAACCGGUUCGCCCUACACGCCCUCGUAAGUCCCCAGUUCGUCCAGUCGUCAACCCGAGAGCCCAAGCUGUGUACCCGCUUAGUCUGCGCACGCGCGGGCGUGACCUCAGUUUGUAUCGUAAUCCUGCGGGGACCAUUCGCAGCAUCAGGUACAUAACAGGCCCUGACGGAAGACCCAAUACGGCAACGCGAUUCCUCGGACACCAAAACAGCUUCAUCGAGUUCCCCAACCGCGGUAGACUCGACACCAAGCGCUCCAUCACUUUACUGGCGUGGAUUUACCACGAGGGACGUGCAGGACCAAUAUUUAACUACAUGCCGAACGGCUGGGGCGUACACUUUUGGAUGAUUUCACCAACGACGCUGUUUGUACGGUUUACUCGCCGUAAAGGACGCCGAUUUACAGCGGCGGUUACAACCAGAAUCCUGCAUCGUCGAUGGCAGUUUGUGGGAGCAACCUAUGAUGGCAGAAGUGGUAUAGCUAAGUUGUUUGUGAACGGGCGGUUUACAGUAAGUAGGCGCAUUGGUAAGAUUCGACUGGCCACAAACUAUCCUGUACGUAUGGGAGCUCGCGCUGGUGAUAGGAGAUACCUCUUCGGUCGUAUUUCCUGCAUGCAAGUGUAUGAUCAGCCAUUGUCCGCAUCGCAGAUUCUACGACGAAAAAGGAGAUGCUUUACUCGAGGUCCUAUAACUGUUCCAACGGUCAUUCGUCCAGCUGGGCCAGUUUGCGUAGCCAAGAUCGAUUUAGCAUUUGUUAUAGACGCUUCCGGAAGCAUCGAGGCAUCGGGCAGAGGAAACUUCAAACGUUGUCUUAAUUUCGUCAAGAGAUUGGUGGCUUCGUUUAAAAUCUCAAGGCGUUACACUCGCGUUGGAGCUGUUGUUUAUUCAAGAAACGUUCGCAAAGUAUUUGGUUUUAACACGUACAAUAACAAAAGACGCCUCAUGAAAGCUAUUGACCGUAUUCCAUACCUCCGAAGUAUCACCAAAACGGGCCUCGCUUUGUCAUUUGCCCAGCGUAACCUGUUUAACAGCAGGCGCAGAAACAGCAAGCAAGUUUUGAUCGUGAUGACUGAUGGGAUAUCUAAUGACCGCGUGCGCGGAAGUGCGCUUGCUCUAAAGCGCGCAGGAAUAGAUGUAUUUGCCAUUGGAAUUGGGAAGAAUUACAACAUUGGACAGCUCAUGCAGAUAGCAACCACAAAGAGACAAGUCUACGUGGCAGGCUUUAGGAAUCUGCAAAAUAUUGUACGAGUGAUAAAGUCUAAAGCUUGCAAAGCGAAACCUGUGAGACCACCCAUUAGACCACCCGUAAGGCCUCCUGUUCGACCCACGGUUCGACCGCCAGUCAGACCACCUCGUCCCGCUCGCGCCUCUGCGGUAUACCCUCUAACCUACCGAACGCGGACACGAGAUGUCAGUUUGUUUGGAAACCCGACAGGAUUCGCACGGAAUGUCCGAUUUGCUCCAGGACCCGAUAAGAAACCGUACGGCUCAUAUCAGUUUCUUGGUCGACCCGACAGUUACAUUGAAUUUCCAAAUCGUGGCAAAAUAGACACGAAGCGUUCCAACACGCUUUUAGCGUGGAUCUACCACCAAGGACAAGCAGGCCCUAUUUUUAACUACAAGCCGAAUGGCUGGGGUGUUCACUUUUGGAUGAUUUCACCUAGAACGCUGUUUGUCCGCUUUACGCGCCGUGGACGGCUUCGCUUCACCAAAGCGGUUGUGAGCAAGAAGGUCAUACCUGGUCGGUGGCAGUUUGUUGGUGCAAGCUACAACCAGCGCACAGGAAAAGCGAAGUUGUUUGUCAAUGGCAGGUUUACAGCGACGACGUACAUCGGGAGAAUCAGACUCGCAACGAAUUACCCGGUGAGAAUGGGAGCCCGUGUUGGCGACAGAAGAUAUUUCAGGGGACGAAUCUCGUGUAUGCAGGUGUAUGAUCGCGCUCUCACAACUAAACAAAUUUUACGUCGAAAGACCAGAUGCUUCAGAAAAGGUCCUGUUGUUAUUCCUGGUAUUCCAGUCGGUCCAAUCCGUCCAGCAGGAAGAGUUUGCCAAGCCAAGAUCGAUAUGACCUUCCUCAUCGAUGGCUCCGGCAGCAUUGAAGCGUAUGGCAAGGGAAAUUUCAAACGCUGCCUAGAUUUCGUCAAAAGAAUGGUCGUGUCCUUCAAAAUCUCUCGAAGACUUACUCGAGUCGGCGUGGUGCUGUUUUCCCACCGUCCUCGCCUUAUAUUCAGCUUCAACACUUACAGUAGAACACGUGAUAUCUUAAAAGCUAUCGAAAGAAUCAGAUAUCCACGAGGAGGCACUAAAACAGGCAUGGCAAUGUAUUAUGCCCAGCGGACUCUGUUUAGGCGCAAGCACAGACGCCGUAAACAAGUCAUGAUUGUGAUGACGGAUGGUCGUUCCCAGGACCGUGUGAGCGGAGCUGCACGUGCACUAAAAAAACAGGGCGUGGUUUUGUUUGCUCUCGGCAUUGGCAAGCGGUACAACAUUAACCAACUUAUCCAUAUCGCGUCUUCAAGACGGCAUGUCUUCACGGCAGGAUUCAGGAAUUUGCCAUCAAUUGUCAGGAUUAUUAAAACAAGGGCAUGCGCAGGUGCUGUCAAACCAAGCAAACCAGGAAAACCUUCCCGUCCAGCGCGUUUUGUACGUGCCAUGGCUGUGUAUCCACUGUCAUAUCGAACGAAGGGAAGAGAUAUCGGUGUUUUCUCCAAUCCACCUGGAAUACGAGGUCUUGUCAGAUAUGCAACUGGUCCAGAUGGGCGACCGAACACCGCAACCCAGUUUAUCGGUAAACCUAACAGCUUCAUCCAGUUUCCCAACAAAGGUACGCUGGACACAGUACGAUCCAUCACUCUUUUGGCUUGGAUCUACCAUGAAGGAAGUUCGGGUCCCAUUUUCAACUACAUGCCGAAUGGCUGGGGAGUCCAUUUCUGGAUGACAUCUCCUACCACUUUAUUUGCACGGUUCAUGCGUCGACGGGGACGCCGCUUCACUUCUCAUAUUCAAUACCGUGGCGUUGCGCGCAGAAAAUGGCAAUACGUAGCGGCAAGUUACGAUGGUAGGAGCGGCAUGGCUAAGCUGUAUCUGAACAGCAGACUGGUUGCAAGAAAGCGCAUUGGAAUAUUUAGACUGGCGACAAAUUAUCCAGUCAGGAUGGGGGCAAGAGUUGGUGACAGUCGCUUCUUCAAAGGAAGAAUCUCUUGUAUGCAGGUGUACAGUGUGGCGUUGAACUCCAGACAAAUCGCAGCCCGAAGCAGAAGAUGUUUCUUGAAAAGUACUGUAACGCCUGGUCGCCCUGUGGUUCCGGGUGGAGUGCCCUUCCGUCCUGGCAAACCAAUGUGCAAAGCAAAGGUUGACCUCGGUUUCCUUGUUGAUGCCUCUGGAAGUAUUGAAAUGUACGGUCGUGGUAACUACCAGCGCAUGAAAGACUUCAUCAAGGAAGUAGCGGCCAGCUUCGUUAUCUCUAGGCAUGGAACUCACGUUGGUGUAGUCGUGUUCGCCAGCAGACCUGAACCAGUCUUCCAGUUUAACACCUACUACACGAGGCGAGGCGUCAUGAACGCUGUCCAAAAGAUCCCGUAUAUCAACGGAGGAACCCGGACCGGCUUAGCUAUUAGAAGAGCUACACGGUACCUGUUUAAACCUCACUCCCACCUCGGGCGAAAGAAGGUGUUGAUUGUCAUGACAGAUGGUAUCUCGUACGAUGAUGUAAUUGUCCCAGCAAGAAGACUUCGUCGCACUGGUGUCUCUAUAUAUGCACUCGGAAUUGGUCUUAAGUACAGUCGACGGCAGCUUGGGAAAAUUGCCGGAACUCCGAGGCAUGUGUUUACUUCGAAGUUCGCGACUCUACGAAAGGCCGUUCGUAAAAUCGUGAGUCGCAUAUGCGCGGAACCAGGAGCCAAACCCAUAAAACCGGCUGGUCCAAAGCCUGCUAGACCUCGCCAACCAGUGCGUGCUGUGGCUAUUUAUCCACUGAAUGGAGGAGUCAAAGGCCGCGACAUUAGCUUGAGCAAAAACCCAACAGCCAUCCUAAGUAAUGUGAGGCUAGCACCAGGGCCUGACAGGACCCGCGAUGGAUCGUAUCAGUUCUUUGGUAAAUCUAACAGCAACAUCCAUUUCCCUAAUCGCGGAAAGUUGGAUACCAAACGAUCGAUUACCCUGAUGGCCAUCUUCAACUACAUGCCGAACGGCUGGGGGGUGCACUUCUGGAUGGUUACACCUAGAACGCUGUUCGUGCGGUUCACACGUCGACGAGGACGCCGCUUUACUAAGGCCGUGAUUAGCAGAAGAGUAGUACCCAAUCGAUGGCAGCUUGUUGCCACGACCUAUGAUGGAAGGUCCGGACAAGCUAGACUAUUUAUUCAAAGGCAGUUUGUGGCACAAAAGUACGUUGGAAGAAUACGAUUGGCAACGAAUUAUCCCGUGAGAAUGGGAGCACGUAUUGGUGAUUCACGGUUCUUCUUUGGACGGAUAUCGUGUAUGCAGGUGUAUCCAAUGGCGCUGACAAGAAGACAGAUUCUUGCGCGCAAGACAAGAUGCUUUAGGAAAGUUAUUCGACCCCCUCCAAGGCCAAAACCUAGACCCGGACCCAGGCCACGACCCAGGCCCCAACCCCCAAUUCCUGGUCCGUCUGGAAAAGUAUGCCGUGCCAAAAUAGACUUGGCCUUUGUAGUCGAUGGCUCUGGAAGCAUAGAAGCAUACGGCAGAGGCAACUUCAAGCGAUGCCUCCGCUUCGUCAAAAAUAUGGUUCGUUCCUUUACCAUUUCAAGAAGCUACGUGAGGGUUGGAAUUGUGGUAUACUCCUCGCGCUCACGAUUAAUACUCACCUUCAACCAAAAUCGCGGAGUCAACAGUGUACUCCGUACUAUCGACAGAAUACGAUAUCCUAGAAGAGGAACCCGAACAGGUGCAGCGCUUUCUUACGCUUACUCCCGCCUCUUGGCCGGCGCAAGGAAAGGAAGUUCAAAGGUUCUCAUUUGUAUGACCGAUGGUCGUUCGCAAGAUGAUGUAAGAGGCCCUGCCAACCUGAUGCGCAGGCGAGGUGUGAAGAUAUUUUCGCUUGGUAUUGGCAAGCGCUACAACAUGAAACAGUUGCUUCAGAUGUCCGGAAGCCGUCGAAAGGUUUUCACAGCUGACUUCAAGAAUCUCGGUUCCGUGGUGCGCGCUAUCAAGCAGAAAGCGUGUAGAGUUUCCCAGCCAACGCGACCGAAUAAGCCUGGAAAACCUUCUGCCGUUGGCCGAGCAGGCGCAGUGUAUCCAUUAAGUUCCUCCUCGGGUGCGAGAGAUAUCAGUACCAAUGGCAAUCCGCCAGGUCGACGUGUCUACGUCAGGUACACGCCAGGUCCCGACGGAGUCCGAGGAACAGCGACAUCGUUUUACGGCCGCGCGAACAGCUACAUCGAGUUCCCGAACCGCGGUAGACUGGACACAAGAAAAUCCAUCACCUUGAUAGCCUGGAUCAAACACCUUGGACGCGCGGGUCCGAUCUUCAACUAUAUGCCGAACGGCUGGGGCGUGCACUUCUGGAUGAUUAACCCACGGACGCUGUUUGCACGCUUCACGCGUCGAAGAGGCAGGCGCUUCACACCCGCCGUGUUUAGUCGCACAGUUCGCUAUCGCGCAUGGAAUUACGUGGGGUGUACGUAUGAUUAUCGCACUGGCAUUGCUCGGCUUUUUGUCGGAAACAGAUUUGUUGCAUCUCGCCGUAUUGGUCGCAUUAGACUUGCCACUAAUUACCCAGUGAGAAUGGGAGCCAGGAUUGGAGACGGGAGAUAUUUCCGUGGCAGUAUUUCCUGUAUGCAGGUGUACAAGAAGGCGCUGACCGCCGGACAGAUACUUGCGAGACGAACAAGAUGCUUUAAGAGAGUUCCACGACCGCAGCCUCCACGACCAAGCCCAAGACCAAGACCUGGCCCUAGACCCAGGCCUCCCAUCCGUCCUUACCCUGGUGGAAAAGUGUGUAGGGCCAGAAUCGACCUCGCCUUUGUCAUAGACGCUUCCGGUAGUGUUGGCCGCGCUAACUUCCGCCGUUGCCUAACCUUCGUCAAAAACAUGGCCCGAGUGUUCACAAUCUCCCGAAGUUACACCCGCUUCGCUGUGGUGCUCUAUUCAUCACGCCCCUCUAAGAUUUUCGGCUUUAAUCGCUACCUUGAUCAACGCUCCUUGCUUCGAGCGAUUGGCCGCAUACGAUACACAGGCGGCGGGACUAAGACGGGUUACGCGCUGACCUACACUUAUCAAAGGCUCUUGCGCUAUAGCAGACGAAAGAACAAAGUCUUGAUUGUCAUGACUGAUGGCCGCUCGUAUGAUAAAGUACAGCCCCCCGCCUCGUUUAUCCGUCGGAGAGGAAUUAGGAUACUUACCCUAGGGGUAGGAAAGCGCUACAGCAUGAGGCAACUGAUACAGAUGUCAUCCAACAGGAGGGACGUUUUCACUGCUGAUUUUAAGAGCUUGGGAUCUGUUGUUAAGAUAAUCAAAAGGAGAGCUUGUAAAGCUGGUAAACCUCGACCUCCGCGACCACAACGCCCACCAAAACCAGUUGUAAUAAAACGAGCCGUGGCUGUGUAUCCACUGAACCGUAACACUCAAGGCAGAGACAUCAGCUUCGCAAGAAAUCCCAAUGGUAGGCUAGGUCGGGUAAGGUUCGCUAAGGGACCUGAUAACUUACCAGGCGGCUCGAUUGAGUUCUUCGGCCGAAGCAACAGCUACGUAGAGUUCCCUAACCGAGGAAGGCUCGACACUGGUCGGUCUAUAACUCUACUGGCGUGGAUCUACCAUACUGGUCGGGCAGGACCCAUCUUUAAUUACAUGCCGAACGGAUGGGGUGUUCACUUUUGGAUGCUUACGCCGUCGACACUUUUUGCACGGUUUACACGUCGCAGAGGAAGGCGUUUCACUCGGGCGAUCUACAGUCGAAGCGUGAAGCCGCGUAAAUGGCAGUUCGUUGGUGCCGCCUACAACUACAGAACCGGUGUAGCGCGUUUGUUUGUGAACUCGAGGUUUGUGGUGUCUACUCGUGUAGGACGAAUUAGACUGGCGACUAACUAUCCUGUCAGGAUGGGGGCACGAGUUGGAGACGGAAGAUAUUUCAAGGGAAGAAUUUCAUGCAUGCAAGUCUAUAGACAAGCUUUGAACAGGAAUCAGAUACUUGUUCGUCAGAGAAGGUGUUUCCGAGCAGUAAUACCUCGACCCAAACCAGUGCGGCCGGUGAGGCCAACUCGACCUAAAGUGAAAACAAAAGCUGUCGCUAUUUUCCCCCUCAAUGGAGGAACGAAGGGCAAAGACAUCAGUAACCGGGGCAAUUUGCGCGGAAUACUCAGUUAUGUCCGUCCCGCGCCCGGACCAGAUGGAACACGCGACGGUUCCUACCAGUUCUACGGAAGAAGUAACAGUUACAUUCAAUUCCCUAACCGAGGAGGCUUAGAUACUAAGAGUUCAAUAACUCUCCUGGCCUGGAUUUUACAUCAGGGACGCGCAGGACCCAUCUUUAAUUACAUGCCCAACGGCUGGGGCGUACACUUCUGGAUGAUUACACCGAGAACGCUGUUUGUACGGUUUACGCGCCGCAGAGGACGCCGCUCUACUAGUGCUGUUGUUAGUAGGAGCGUGAUUCCAGGAAGAUGGCAGUUUGUCGGUGCAACGUACAACGGAAGGACCGGGCAAGCAAAGUUGUUUGUAAACAGUAGAUUCACGGCAAGGAAGUACAUUGGGCGAAUACGGCUGGCGACUAAUUACCCUGUGAGAAUGGGAGCUCGUAUUGGGGAUGGACGAUAUUUCCGAGGACGAAUCUCCUGUAUGCAGGUCUACAAUGGCGCCUUGUCUCGCUGGAAAAUCAACUCUAAGAAGAGAAGAUGCUAUAGAAGAAAAGUUCGACCUAGGCCCAGACCUCGCCCUCGGCCACGACCAGUACCACUUCCAAGACCUAGGCCCAGACCCCGGCCAAAACCCGGAAAAGUUUGUAUUGCGAAAUUGGAUCUCGCCUUCCUUAUUGACGGCUCGGGUAGUGUUGGCUUCUCAAACUUCCGCCGUUGUCUGGUUUUCAUCCAGAAUGUUAUUCGAGGAUUCAAGAUCUCUCAGCGAUACACACGCGUCGCUACUGAGGUUUACUCUUCCACUCCACGUAGAACAUUCCCAUUUACUCGAUACAGUAAUGCGUACCAAGUCCUCAGGGCGGUUGCGUCCAUAAAGUACCCGCGUGGUGGAACCAACACAGGGAAGGCUCUUUGGGAUGUGCUUAGAUAUCUGUUCCGCGGUAGGACCAACCGAAAAAGGGUCCUUUUUGUAUUGACUGAUGGCCGCUCUCAAGACCAUGUGUUGAAACCCGCCCAAGCGCUGAAGCGAGCUAAUGUUGAAGUUUUCUCGGUUGGUGUUGGUAGAGGAUACAGUAUCGCUCAGCUGAACCAGAUGGCCACGGACCGCAGUCACGUAUUCACAGUUGAUUUCAGAAACCUUAAUUCAAUCAUUAGGGCCAUUAAAAAGAAGGCUUGUAAAGGAGGAAAAAAACCGCCAUCGCCUCACAGACCCUCAGGAACCCUGCGAGCGGUUGCCGUCUACCCAUUGAACACCCUCACGAAGUCACGCGACAUCAGCUUUAACAGGAAUCCACCAGGCAUCAUGUCCAAUGUGCGACCAGCUCCAGGUCCCGACGGACGACGCGGAACAAGUUAUGAGUUCUUUGGACGACGCAACAGCUUUAUUCAGUUCCCUAACUUCGGAAAAAUAGACACCAAAAAGUCCUUUACUAUUUUAGCUUGGGUAUACCACCAGGGUCGGGCAGGACCAAUAUUCAACUAUCAUCCUAGGGCGUGGGGUGUACACCUCUGGAUGGUUGGACGGCAUGCUCUUUUCGUUCGCUUUACGAAAAGGAGGACUCGAGACUUUACUGCUGCUUUGAUGAGCCGAACUGUUAAGCCAAGCCGCUGGCAAUACGUUGGAGCCUCCUAUGAUCACUCAACAGGAAUGGCCAAGUUGUUUGUCGGUGGAAGACUGGUCGCUAGGAAGCGAAUUGGAAGAAUACGAUUGGCUACAAAUUAUCCUGCGAGAAUGGGGGUGAGAAUAGGUGAUGGAAGGUAUUUCCGUGGACGUAUUUCUUGUCUCCAGGUUUACAGCGUCCCCUUAAACGCUCGACAAAUAGCUGCGCGUGCAAAGAGAUGUUUUGUCCCAGCAGGACUUCCCAAACCACGCCCGCCACCACGCCCGAGUGGACGGCUGUUCAAACGAAGAGGCUGUUUUAGAGACACAGCUCGCAGAGCCAUGGGCAGACUACUCGGCAACCUACGACGAAGGCGAGAUGCAGUCAUGCGUUGCUUCCUUUUGGCGGCCAGGCGAGGAUAUCGAGCAUUCGGUGUUCAGGAUGGCGGAGAAUGCUUUUCUGGUCCUCUGGCGCAUCGUACUUUCAGCAAAUAUGGCCGCUCGGGGAGAUGUAAGAAUGGAAGAGGAGGACCGUGGGCUAAUGACGUCUAUAUAAUUAUUAGAAAACGACCCAUCCCUCGACCUCUUCCUCGGCCCAGACCUCGACCGCGCCCCGCUUUACCGGUUUGCAAAGCCCGCCUAGACUUGGGCUUUAUUGUAGAUGGUUCCGGAAGUGUUGGUCGUGCGAAUUUCUUAAGAUGUCUGAAUUUCAUCAAGAAUUUAGUCAGCUCGUUUGUGAUCUCUCCUGGCCAUUCAAGAGUGGGACUUCUGGUGUACUCCCACCGCGUCAUUCCAGUAUUCUCUUUUGGCCAACGCCUACGUUUUCGUGGCGUACUUCGGGCAAUAAAUAGAAUCAAGUAUCCAGGAGGAGGUACUAAGACCGGCAAGGCUCUGGCUUACUCCAGGAGGUAUCUGUUCGCUCGAAGCAACCUCCGAAAGAUCUUGAUACUGAUGACAGAUGGCAAGUCGCACGACAGAGUCAAGAAGCCUGCUGCAGUGCUGCGCAACAUGGGAGUGCAGGUGUUUGCUGUGGGUGUUGGAAAACGAUACAGCAUGAAACAACUUUUGCAGAUUGCAAGCAAUCGUCGGCAUGUUUUCACUGCGGACUUUAAGAAGUUGGGAUCGUUUGUGAGGGCCAUUAAACAGAAGGCAUGUAGAGGUAUUACCAAAAGACCGAAAAAACCACACGCCAUGUCUGCCGUCGCCAUAUUCCCGUUCAGUAAAACAUACAGAGGAAGGGAACUUCGCCACAGGAACCCACCAGGUUACCCGUCUCACGUCCUGUUCACCCCUGGUCCAGAUGGUUUACCAUACGGCUCCUACUACUUCCUUGGUCGACCAAACAGCUACGUGGAGAUCCCUAACAAAGGAACACUGGACGUUCGUAACUGCAUAACCAUUUUGGCCUGGAUAUAUCACGAAGGAAACGCAGGACCGAUUGUAAACUACAAGCGCAAUGGAUGGGGCGUCCACUUAUGGAUGAUCAACCCUAGGACCCUGUUUGUGCGUUAUACGCAGCGUCUUGGACGGCGCUUCACGCACGCGUUGGCGUACCGCGGUGUAAAACCGCGAACAUGGCAAUUCGUCGGAACGUCGUACAAUCGAAACACUGGCGUUGCUAAAUUGUAUAUUAACGGAAAGAUGGUUACACGCAGAAAGAUCAGAAAGAUUUCAUUGGCUACUAAUUACGAGAUCAGGGUUGGAGCCCGUCAGGGUGACUGUCGCUAUUUCCGCGGUCGAAUUGCGUGCCUACAGUUUUAUAGCGCUGCUUUGACGACUAACAUGAUCCGCCGGCGAAUGAGGGCUUGCUUUAGAAGAGGCCCCAUGCCUGUUCCGAUUCCGAAGCCGAGACCCGGAGGAAGAGUUUGCAAAACAAAACUUGAUCUUGGUUUCGUCAUCGAUGGCUCUGGAAGCGUAGGGCCCUCGAACUUCAAACGCUGCCUCCAAUUUAUCAAGAACAUGAUUCGUACCUUUGUCAUAUCACGUGGCUACACGCGCGUAGGAGCGGUCCUCUAUAACACAAGAGCGUACAAAUUAUUUGGCUUCAAUCGAUUCGGUAACAAAAACCAACUUCUCAGUGCUGUAAGUCGCAUACGGUAUCCAAGGGGAGGAACGAAGACUGGUAGGGCAUUAAGCUACGCAUACCACUAUCUGUUCCGUCGAAGUAGGAGGCGAAAGGUGUGCAUUGUCAUGACAGAUGGACACUCUUAUGAUAAUGUAGUUGGUCCCGCACGGACUUUACGUAAGGGUGGAGUUGAAAUCAUCUCUCUUGGCUUGGGGUUGCGCUACAACAUCCGGCAGUUACGACAGAUGGCGUCCAAUCAUAGACUGGUGUUUACUGCACGGUUUAGAAAUCUGAACUCAGUUAUCAGGGUGAUUAAGAGGAAAGCUUGUGGUGCAACAGGUGUGAAGCCAAAGCCACUCCCUCGCCCUAAGCCUCCCGGUCCUAAUCAAGUCACCUACUUCUGGGAAGGAUGUUACAAUGACAGACGACGACGAGCCAUAAGGUACAGACUUGGAAAUUUCCACCGAGCCAAAAACCCUGUUAAAGCAUGUGCACAAGCAGCUGCUAGACGUCGAUUUAAGGUGUUUGCGGUGGAAAAUGGUGGAGAGUGCUACUCAAGCCGUUUGGCCCACAGGACGUACAGUCGUUAUGGGCCGACUAAUCGAUGUAGGCGAGGCAGAGGAGGACCAUGGGCAAUGGAUGUGUAUAAGUUUGGAAGACCAAAGGGUUGGGCCAAUGUUUAUCUCCGAAGUGUCGGUUGCUUCAAAGACAAACCCAGACGGGCCGUGGGGAGCAUGGUCGCUAAUUUGCGCGGCUUGAAGUUUGCUGUAAGAGACUGCGCGCGUCAGGCACGAAAACGAGGCUACAGGUUAUUUGCAGUUCAAAAUGGAGGCGAAUGCUGGAUGGGUCCUAGGGCUAAGCUCACCUACAAGAAGUAUGGUACCUCUAAGCGGUGUCGAGGAGGAAAAGGAGGUCCUUGGGCUAAUAAUGUCUAUGUUAUCAUUGUGAAAGGUCGACCACAUGUGCCUCGUCCCAGGCCACGACCCAGACCACGACCCAGGCCAUAUCCGAGACCAAAACCCGUUCCCAGACCAUCCGGUCGAGUUUGCCGAGCACAUCUUGAUUUGGCUUUCUUGAUUGACGGCUCCGGCAGCAUUGAAAGUACCGGCAAAGGCAACUUCCGUCGCUGUCUACAUUUUGUGAAAAGGAUCGUCGCUUCCUUCGUAUUAUCGCGUUCCAACACACGAGUGGGUGUUGCUCUCUUCUCCACUCGAACAUGGCUGAUUUUCGACUUCAAUCGCUACACGAACAGGCGGCAGGUGUACCGAGCGAUUGAUGGAAUCAGGUAUCCAUCUGGUGGAACCAGGAUAGGAAAGGCCCUGAGAUUUGUGUAUCGCAGAUUGUUUCGAACUAGUAGACGUCGAAAGGCCCUGAUAGUGCUGACAGACGGCCUGUCACAGGAUUCUGUCAAGCAGCCUUCCCUUGGUCUCCAAAGGUCUGGUGUUAGCACAUUCGUUGUUGCAAUCGGACGAAAAACAAGCCGACGGCAGUUGCAUCAAAUUGCCUCCAGUUCUCGUAACAUUUUCAGGACUAGCUUCAGACGCCUGAGUAGCGUUGUUGGAAGCUUAGCGAGAAGAGUGUGCAAAAGCCGAGUGAGACCCAAGCCAAAACCAGUGAGACCGGUUAGACCACCCAGACCAAAAGUUACAACUAGAGCUGUCGCAAUAUUCCCACUUAAUGGAGGCAGUAGGGGUAAAGAUAUCAUUACCAGCCGGAAUGCACGUGGAAUACUCAGUUAUGUCCGCCCCGCGCCUGGACCGGAUGGAACACGUGAUGGCUCCUACCAGUUCUACGGAAGAAGCAACAGUUAUAUCCAGUUCCCCAACCGAGGCGGCCUUGAUACCAAGAAUUCCAUCACUUUCCUUGCGUGGAUUUUACAUCAGGGACGCGCGGGACCUAUCUUUAACUACAUGCCUAACGGUUGGGGUGUACACUUUUGGAUGAUUUCACCGAGAACGCUCUUUGUGCGGUUUACGCGUCGCAGAGGGCGCCGAUUCACGAAGGCAGUUCUAAGCAGGACUGUUAUACCUAAUCGAUGGCAGUUUGUUGGUGCGACGUAUGAUCAAAGAACCGGAGUAGCGAAACUAUUUGUAAAUAGAAGAUUUACGGCGAAGAAGUAUAUCGGGAGGAUACGUUUGGCGACCAAUUACCCAGUGAGAAUGGGAGCUCGUAUCGGUGACGGACGAUAUUUCCGUGGACGAAUCUCCUGUAUGCAGGUUUACAAUGGCGCUUUGUCCCACUGGAAAAUCAUUUCCAAGAAACGAAGGUGCUUUAGGAGAACUCCAGUACGACCAAGACCCAGACCACCUGUCCGAGGGUGCAACAAACGCCUCGACUUAGCAUUCUUGAUUGACGGAUCUGGAAGUAUUAAUUCUGCCGGACGCGGGAACUUCAAGCGAUGCAUUGAGUUUGUCAAGAGUGUGGUGUCUUCUUUUAAUGUUUCGCCGCGCCGCACCCGUGUGGGAGUGGUCUUAUUCUCCUCCCGCGCAUGGCUAAUAUUGGACUUCUACCGUAGCAGAAGCAAAGCUGGUGUGUUGAGUACCAUCAGUCGGAUCAGAUAUCCGCGAGGAGGAACCAGGAUUGGAAAAGCUUUGAACUUCGUGCUGUAUCGCUUGUUUAGACGAAGUCGAAGGGCACUCAAGGCUCUGGUAGUAAUGACUGAUGGCAUCUCUCAAGACUCUGUUCGGAGACCGUCACUGGCUCUGAGAAGCCAGGGGGUGUGGGUGUAUGCUCUGGGAAUCGGUCGGCGAUAUCGAAGACGAGAGCUUCAACAGAUAGCUACAAACAGUCGAUACGUGUUCACUGCUAACUUCAGAAGCCUCAGUCGGGUCGCUCGUCACAUCUCAAGAAAAUUAUGUCAAGGUCGUCCACUCCGUCCCACGCCACGCCCCCCAGGUCCCCACAUAAGACCAAGCGGCAAAGUGUGUCGUAAACGUCUUGAUCUCGCUCUCCUAAUCGAUGGCUCUGGUAGUAUCGAAGCUAACGGUCGAGGUAACUUCCAGCGAUGUCUCAACUUCGUGAAACGGUUGGUGGCUUCGUUUGCCAUCUCACCAAGGCAAACUCGUGUUGGUAUCGUGCUGUUCUCUAGUCGUCCAUGGCUGAUCGCAAACUUUAGGAGCUAUAGGACAAAACAGAGUGUGAUACACGCCAUCAGUCGUAUAAGAUACCCGAGAGGUGGCACAAGAAUUGGACGAGCGCUGAGGUUUGUCAAACAACGGCUGUUUGGAAGGAGGACCUACGGGCGAAAGGUUUUGGUUGCAAUGACCGAUGGCAUUUCACAAGAUUCCGUCGUGAGUCCAUCACGUGACCUCCGAAAUGCUGGCGUGCGAAUCCUGGCGCUGGGAAUUGGCCGGAAAUUCAGAAGAUCGCAGCUCAACCAGAUGACUAUGAACUCACGAUACGUGUUCAACAGUGGCUUCCGAAGUUUACACCGUGUAGUAUCCUCUAUAAAGAGAGCAGCGUGUAAAGGGCGCCCAGUACGUCCCAAACCAGUACGGCCAAGACUCCCCGUACGCCCAAGUGGUCAAGUUUGUCGCAGACGUCUUGACCUUGCCUUCCUUAUUGACGGCUCUGGUAGUAUCGAGGCUUACGGUCGAGGUAACUUCCAGCGAUGUCUCAACUUCGUCAAACGAGUCGUAGCCUCGUUCGGCGUCUCUCCGUCUCAAACUCGUGUUGGUAUCGUACUGUUCUCUAGCCGUGCAUGGCUGAUCGCAAACUUUAGGAGCUACAGAAACAAACAGAGCGUGUUACACGCCAUUGGUCGUAUAAGAUACCCGAGAGGUGGCACGAGAAUUGGACGAGCGCUGAGAUUUGCUAAAUAUCAAUUGUUUAGAAAGAGGACAAGUCGGCGUAAGGUUCUUAUUUGUAUGACAGAUGGCAUUUCACAAGACUCGGUGGUUAGACCGUCACGUGAUCUUCGAAAUGCCGGCGUGCGUAUUUUGGCGCUUGGUAUUGGUCGAAAGUUCAGGAAAUCACAACUUUACCAAAUGGCAGGGAACUCACGAAACGUGUUCAAAGCCGGAUUUAGAAGCCUCAGCGGUGUAGUGAGAUCCAUAAAGAAAGCUGCUUGUGGAGGUCGCCCACUACGACCUAGACCUGUGCGACCAAGACCUCCUGUUCGCCCAAGUGGUCAAGUUUGUCGCAGACGUCUUGACCUUGCCUUCCUUAUUGACGGCUCUGGUAGUAUCGAGGCUUACGGUCGAGGUAACUUCCAGCGAUGUCUCAACUUCGUCAAACGAGUCGUAGCCUCGUUCGGCGUCUCUCCGUCUCAAACUCGUGUUGGUAUCGUACUGUUCUCUAGCCGUGCAUGGCUGAUCGCAAACUUUAGGAGCUACAGAAACAAACAGAGCGUGUUACACGCCAUUGGUCGUAUAAGAUACCCGAGAGGUGGCACGAGAAUUGGACGAGCGCUGAGAUUUGCUAAAUAUCAAUUGUUUAGAAAGAGGACAAGUCGGCGUAAGGUUCUUAUUUGUAUGACAGAUGGCAUUUCACAAGACUCGGUGGUUAGACCGUCACGUGAUCUUCGAAAUGCCGGCGUGCGUAUUUUGGCGCUUGGUAUUGGUCGGAAGUUCAGGAAAUCACAACUUUACCAAAUGGCAGGGAACUCACGAAACGUGUUCAAAGCCGGAUUUAGAAGCCUCAGCGGUAUAGUUAGAUCCAUAAAGAAAGCUGCUUGUGGAGGUCGCCCAAUACGACCCAGACCUGUGCGGCCAAAACCACCUUUUCGUCCAAGUGGUCAAGUUUGUCGCAGACGUCUUGAUCUUGCCUUCCUGAUUGACGGCUCGGGGAGUAUCGAGGCUUACGGUCGAGGCAACUUCAAGCGAUGUCUCAACUUCGUCAAACGAGUCGUUGCCUCGUUCGGCGUCUCUCCGUCACAAACUCGUGUUGGUAUCGUACUGUUCUCUAGCCGUGCAUGGCUGAUCGCAAACUUUAGGAGCUACAGAAACAAACAGAGCGUGUUACACGCCAUUGGACGUAUAAGAUACCCGAGAGGUGGCACGAGAAUUGGACGAGCGCUGAGAUUUGCCAAACAUCAAUUGUUUAGAAAGAGGACAAGUCGGCGCAAGGUCCUCAUUUGUAUGACCGAUGGUAUCUCACAUGACUCGGUGGUGAGACCGUCACGUGACCUUCGAAAGGCCGGCGUGCAUAUUCUGGCGCUUGGCAUUGGUCGAAAGUUCAGGAAAUCUCAACUUUACCAAAUGGCAGGGAACUCACGAAACGUGUUUAAAGCCGGAUUUAGAAGCCUCAGUGGUGUGGUGAGAUCCAUUAAAAAAGCUGCUUGUGGAGGAAGGAGUGGAAAGAAGAAAAGAAACGUACUAAUUGCCAGGCCUGAUAAAGACGAGAGAAAAAGCGAACCAUUAAGGGGACCAGAACAAGUGCGAGGUACAAAACGAAGUGAAAUUGUUGGAGUCGAGAAUCAUGAUAAACAAACAGAUCUGACCCCCAGCUGCUUGUGGCACUUUGUAUCACCCUUAAACACCUCAGAAGCAUUGGAUAAAAUCCGCAAUCGCGUUAUUCACCUAGAGGGCGGAGCCCAUAUGAAAAACACAACUGACGCGGGCCUGGUCGCUGAUACUAAUGGUGGAUGGUUGUCUCUCAAAGAAACCAAUGCUACCUGCUUCAGUGAUCCUGGACAUUGCUCUGAUAAAGGAAUGACCGUGAUGGCCUGGAUUAAACUCAACAAGACCUCGCUGAGUAACACGACUGGUUCCUACAUCAUGUCUAGUGGUGGCCAGUCCACCAAGUCGCGCGGUUUUGCUGUGGUUCAUCUUUCCAACAAAUAUAUCGUUAUUCUCAGCACAAAAAACAAGCAAUGGAAACUUGACACGCCUGUUCUACCGAGCGGAUGGUUCAACCUCGCUUUCACUUGGCGGGAGGCGAGUCAACUCAAGCUGUAUGUCAAUGGAACCCAUGUGACCAGCGGAAACCCUGCUUUAGUUUCCAGACCUCUAGACUCGUUUACAACCUUUGAUAUUGGUCGACCAAACAACUCAGAGAAACCAGUAUACAGAUUUCCUUUAAGAAUCAGCAACUUGGCACUUUGGGAGAGAGAACUCUCACUAGAAGAUUUGAAAAUAGCAAUGGGUGUGCCAACAAGUCAAAACAGUCGACCAAAAACAUAAGAAGACUUAGAUAACAAUUCAUCGCAGCAUUUAUUUUAGAAGGAUCACAAACUGCUCCGUAGCGGAAGCCUACUUCCUAAAUUAACUAAUAUUUGUUGAAUAUUCCAUGUUUUUAUUUGAUGUAUCUCGUCUGGUAUAUACUUUCUGCAUUUGUUAUUGUGCUUAUUGAGCUAAUAAAUAUGAUAACAAUCAUUAUAUCGAUUCUCGUCUUUCUCUUCCCACAAAGGAGCUCUGAGUUUGACCUAAAAUAGACAGCUUAUCUAGGUCUUUCUAACGAGUUAUGAAAUUUACUGGAAAUCAUCUUUUCUUCAGAGUUCAGCGCAUGGAUUUUGAAACAGUAGAAAUUCAUAAAUGAUUUUGGAGCCUUUUUCCAUGCGAAAAGUGGUCAAUUUUGUCCAUUAACAAAAUCAAAAAAGAACUGGUCACGUUAUAUUUAACGGGCUAGAAGUCUCUUACAAAUCUUCUCUGACCAAAACAAAAGCCGAUGAAUAUUAAAACAAAAGAAAUUCGUUAAUGAGCUUUCUGAGAGCUCGAGCUAAACCUACGGUUUUAGAGGUUCACUUUGCUCAUUAAUAAAAUUCCUUUGUUUGAAUAUUCAGAGGAGAUUUUCUCUGCCCACGAACAAGCUGAAACUUUGACACUCACACAUUAUACACAGCUAAUCACGCUCUUUCAACGCGCCUUGUUUUGUGCCGAAAAUCCUCACUAUGACUGAGAUAUAAGCCCAUGAAUAUUGAAACAACAGAAAUUUUUCAAUGAGCUAUUGGGGACGUCGAGCAAACCCUAGUCCUUGAGGUUCAAUUUGCUCAUUAACAAACUUCUUUUGUUUGAAUAUUCAGAUGAGAUUUUCUCGGUCCACGAACAAGCUGUAACUUUGACACUCACACACAAUACACAGCUAAUCACGCUCUUUCCAAAGCACCUUGUCAGGGUGCCGAAAGUCCUCUCUAUGACUGAGAUAUAAGCCAUGAAUAUUGAGACAAUUGAAAUUUGUUAAUGAGCUUUUGGGAACCUCGAGCAAAUCUUAGUCCUAGAGGUUCAAUCUCUCUCAUUAACAAACUUCUUUUGUUUGAGUAUUCAGAGGAGAUUUUCUCGGCCCACGAACAUGUUAUAACUUUGACACUUAGACACGAUACACAGCUAAUCACGCUCUUUCUAACGCAUUAUACUUUGUGCCGAAAAUCCUCUCUAUGACUGAGAUAUAAGCCCAUGA